AUGGCGCCUGAUCAGGUUGUGUUCACUCCUGCCUUAAACCAAACUUUUGUGAUAGCUGAAAAGGCCACCACCUUCGCUCUUUAUGCCUCAACCUUCAAUCCCAUUCAGCUACAGGCCCUCAUCGACGAACACCAAAACUCUGAUUUUACAAGAAUUGACUUGGGAACAAUUGGAACUUCUCCAGUUCAGAAUUUUCGAGCUAUUAUUCCCAUAAGCAAGCCAAAUACCGAGAUCAAGGUUGUUGGAAACGGCGUUCAAUAUGGCAAGAUAACGUUGGCAAAAGCGAGUACGAAAGGAAAUGACCAGGAAUUUCUGACUGAAAUCAUUCUUCCCGUGGACGAGGAGUUUAGAAGCGAAAGAAUAGAGUGGCUGGAUAUCAAUGACUGGAAAGGCUGGGCCUGGUAUCGGUCACGAGACACCUGGAUCGAAGCCCGAUUCACGCCGUUGCUCAACCUCGACUCUUUUCUUGCUACUCAUAAUCUUCUGCUUCAACCGAAUAAUUCAACACAAGACCCGCGCUCGAUUUUAGCGGUAUUUCCAGCCUCUACCAAGGAAGCAUUUGUCACCCUGUCUGCUGCUCGUGAUGGUGAACCACCCGGGGUUUAUGCGAGAGUGCGGCGUGUCAAGAAUGGAAGCCCAAUACAAGUUUACGUAGUUGGAAAACUGAAAGUGCGGAAAGGAACUACCAAUGCUAUAUCUGAAGCAGUGGAGAUUGCACGGGUGAAAUAUGGCUACUCAGCACGUGCUCCUUUUGUCGUAGAGAAUAAGGAAACACCAUUUGACCGGCUUGGAUUCUGCACGUGGAGCAGUAUAGGAGAAAAUAUCCCGCUAACUUAUGAUCUCAUGGAGAAUCUUGUCAAGCUGCUAAACAGAGAUAAAGUGCCAAUCGGUACCUUUCUAAUUGACGACGGUUGGCAGGAUAUUCGGUAUGGCCACAAUGGAGCACCAAGGUCUCGAGGGCUCUGGAGUUUCGCGACGUGGAGUGGAAUGAAGAGCAGUCUCGCUGAUAAUGUUGCCCUCAUUAAGGAAAAUCUACCAACUGUUAAGGAUAUCGGCGUCUGGAUGACUUUGGCUGGAUAUUGGAACUCGAUAUCUCCUUAUUCUCCCUUGGCGCGAAACUACGAAAUGAGAAUGUAUCCGCUCGAAAGAAACAAUGUCCUUGGCAUGGAAUGGCCUGAACAUGGGUUUGAUGGCCAACAGAGCGCCUCGUUGGUGGAUCUUGAGCUCCGUGCUUACUGUCUUCCACCGCCUCAUAGAGCAUAUGAAUUUUGGAGAGAUUAUUUUCAGUCUGUGGUAGACGCUGGAAUUACCUUUGUUAAAGUUGACAACCAAGCUUACAACUCAUUUCUGAAAGCUGUUGAAGGUGGUGAGGAGUUUGUCACCAUGUGGAAUAGCAUGACCAGAGCAGCUGAUGAAAUAUUCGGUGAAAAUCGAGUCAUUCACUGUAUGGCUCACUACGAGCGUACAUUUAACGGAGACAUAGGCAUGGGAGAAGCCACAAAGGGUAGGAAAAUUGUUAUUCGAAACACAGACGAUUUUGGCCUUCCUCGUCGCAACGUCCAUCGAGACCAUAUUCAUUACAACCUAUACAACGGGAUUCUAUUAUCACAGCAGUGUCUAUUACUUGAUGCUGACAUGUUCAUGACCAAUGAUCAAUGGCCAGAAUACCACGCCGUGCUACGGGCUUUCUUUAAUGGACCAAUCUUUGUAGCGGACAAACCGGGUGUCGGUGACUUCAAAGUCCACAGCAAGUUGACCGCACGAUCACCUGGGGAUGAAAUUGCGUACCGAACCAUCCGAACCAAAAAUGUCAUUCGGCCUCUACAUCGCAAUGUUUGGGAAGCGACCUUAGAUGCUGGUCAAGGCCCCUCAAUAAGAGCAGGGACGUAUUUUCCAGAAUGCGAGUCCGCCUCUAUUGUACUGUGGAACGCAAGGAGUGAUGGGUGUGAUAAUAGCAUUGAUAUCAUAUUUGAGGGAGACAUUAUUGAUGCUCUAGAGCAUGAAAACAAAUCCAUCGAGAGUCCCUGGAAAGGCGUUGUCUGGGCUAGUAAUGCUGCCCAGGCUACGGCUGUUUCCGUGAACUCAGUAUCAGCUGAUGCUUGCUUUCAGAUACUAGCGUCGAAACCUAUCCUAUCUAUAUCAGUUGCACCAAAAAGCUACGAGGUUCUAACAGUAGCUCCUUAUCAUAAUCUUGGACCGACGAAGAUAUCUGUUCUAGGCCUCAUCGAUAAAUAUGCAGGAUUAGCUGCUUUACAAUGCGUCAAGAUCCAGGGUACCAGCUUGGAAGUUGAAAGCAAAUACGAUGGAGUGCUUGGAUUCAUCCUUGCUAGAGAGCCCAGCUCUAUCUACGUUACAGUUGAUGGCAGCAUUGUAGAGCCACGCUCUUUACGAUUGACUGAUGGGUCGGUUUUGGUGAAGGUUGACCUGACGAAUGCUACAUCCGUUGAAGGCAAAAGCACCUGGAUGGUAUCUGUUUCUGUUUCUGCAUGA